ACCAAUCUCACACCAACCCUAAGCCAGACAUACGUAGACGAGGUCACUCCAACCAAUUUGAAAUUCGCCACACCAACUCGGACGUCUAUGUCAACUCAUAUUUCCCAAGGACUGUAAAGACAUGGAACAACCUACAACAAGCAACCAUCGACCAAACCUCCCCGCUCUCAUUUAAAAAUGCAGUUACUAAAGAACUUUUUUCCAAAAUGUAAUUGUCCACCCUCCACCACCUCCAGUCAAAACUCUUCCUCGGAGUAUUUAGGAGGAAAAGAAUCCAAGAUCCAAGAAGGGUGGGGGUCUGUGUAGAUCCAAUAAAUGGAUUACAUUUUGAUUGGAAUUAUCCUUCCUUCACGUCUUAAGGGCCUACCCCGGGGGCCUACCGUUCUUUAUAGCGGCCUCGUUCAUCGUUCUACUGCUGCACAUCGAUUUACCACAUCGUCACAUGCCUAUCUUCUUUCAUAAAAUAAAAAAAUAUGCACUGAUGAAAAUCAUGAGGGGUACGAGUAUGAAAAGUUUAUAUUUUUUUUAUUGAUAGGGGCCUAUUUUAUCUGGAGCAUUUUUUUUUUUUGCUCGUGCGUUGUGUGGUGAAGUGCGCUAAAAAUAUUUGUUUUGCGCAUUUUAAUAUAAAGUUUAAUGGCGCCUUCAAUUUUGCGUUACCAAUGUGCGCGUUGUGGCUAAUGCGCGCUGUCUAUUUUAUACCACGUCUUGACAUUAUCAACAGAGAGAAAUGCAUUGAUGCGGAAUGAAUUAUUUUUCGAAAGACUAUUUUAAGAAUUGUAUCUUAUUAAAAACAAAACAGUGGUUCGUCAUGUAAAUUCUGGAUGUAAAGGAUCCCUUUUAGCAGUAACAAUGACAGUGACGUGUGAAGCAUCAAGAUGCAUCUAUUAUGGAUGAUUCUCUUCUCGUUAUGUCUUCUGGCUGCCUGUGGAGCAUCAGAUCCUUUAGAUGGUUCAGUCGAUAAAGAAAAUGUAGGACGGAGAGGGGUUCGACCUCGCCCUGGUAGCCGGCGGGGUCAACAGAUUGACGAACGAGUGAUCAGUGAUGAUGACGCCGACAUCGUUGAUGACAAAACACCAGGAGAUCAAAUUAACUCCUAUGACGGCGAUUCAAGAAAAUCUCGAACCAAGUCAGGCAGUGCCAGAGACGGUGAAGAUGCGGAUAAAACCGGUAGGAGCCGGGUAAGAGUUCUCAGCGCUGGUUUCAGGCGGACAGGCGAUUCUAGUCUGAGACCACUUCAUGAUCCGACACUCACAGACGAUGACUUAAAUCGAAUUGACGAUCAUAAUAUCGAAAAUGAGCUCAAUGCUCUUACUGAGGGGCUCGGUCAAAAACAUGACGUUAGUGAUAACUAUGAAGGCUUGGGGUUCGGAGACACAGAGCAUGACAGAGUGGACACCAAUUAUCGCGAUAUUUUCACUACUGAUGCCAUGGACACAGACACCCAUAUGCAUGUUGGACCCCCUUGGUCAGACUGGGGGCACUGUAAUGUCUCGUGUGGCGUUGGAAAGCAGUCGAGAUGGAGGCGAUGCAGGGAAGAUGCGGAGCGGGGUGAUUGUAAUCGGAUGACAGGCCGUCAUGUCGAGUGGAGGAGAUGUCUGGGUAUGGAGUGUGAUCAGAAGACCAUUGAAGCUCUGGGAGGAUGCAAAGAUCAGCUGAUGAUGUCUCUGUUGAUUGGUGUCUUGAUCGGAGCAAUAGCAUCUGUGACAUUGUCUGGAAUCAUAAGCUGUCUCUAUUAUUGCUAUAAAAACCCAAUUCAAUGGAAAUGCAGAGACCUCUGUCCCGAGUGGUGCACGAAUCCUUGUGCUGGCUGUACUGACAGAUGCACUGAAUGCUGCCGGGAAUGGUGCGAUCCCUAUACCGGGUGUUGCGCAGGUUGCGGCGGACCUUGCCUGUGUUGCUGGUGCCAACCAUGUUGCGACCCCCACGCGCAACAGGAAAGGAUGUACUACAACAAACAGAUGAGGAUGAACAACGCGUAUCAGCAUCACAACCUCGGACCGCCCGGACCCUACAAACGACCUCCAGCACCCUUGCCUCGAGAAAGCGUGAAAAGAAAGCCUUAUUAUGAGGAUCCUGAGUAUGCUGAAAUCGAUCAGUUCUACCAAGACAGUCCUCGGAAGAAACACAGAGAAAAACAGAGGGAGAAACAGAAACAGAAUUACGUUAAAUUCACGUAA